CAUGUUGCGAUCCAGUUAAAUGAAACUGAAACUGCAUCCCACUUUCACUUAUCUUGUUUGUGAAACCGAAACUGCAGUGACUCACCCUCGCGAUAAGAAGAAGACAAAUAAACAACACAAUAAAACGCAAUUGAGAUUUCAGCUAGCUCUCAUUGUUAAGGAAGCCAGUCACUGCAACUGAGUCUGAGGGACGCUCGUGUUCAAUUGGAUCUCCAGCAUCAACUGCCAAUAUGGGAAUUGCAGAGGACGAGAGGGUCGUCGCUGUAAUCAUGGUUGGAGGACCCACUAAAGGUACUAGAUUCCGGCCAUUAUCAUUGAACAUAGCCAAGCCACUUUUCCCAUUAGCAGGACAACCCAUGGUUCAUCAUCCCAUUUCUGCUUGCAAAAGGAUACCCAAUUUGGCCCAGAUUUAUCUAAUUGGAUUCUACGAGGAACGCGAAUUCGCAUUGUAUGUAUCCUCCAUCUCUACUGAGCUUAAAGUCCCUGUUAGAUACUUGAAGGAAGAGAAGCCUCAUGGUUCUGCUGGUGGUCUUUAUAACUUCAGAGAUCUGAUCAUGGAUGACGAUCCGUCACAUAUUUUCUUGCUGAACUGUGAUGUUUGUUGCAGUUUUCCGCUGCUAGAAAUGUUGGAUGCUCACAAAAAAUAUGGUGGGAUGGGAACAAUACUAGUCGUGAAGGUUUCUCCCGAGUCAGCCAGCCAGUUUGGGGAAUUGGUAUCUGAUCCAGUCACCAAUGAACUCUUGCAUUACACUGAGAAACCUGAAACUUUUGUAAGUGAUCGAAUAAACUGUGGUGUGUAUAUAUUUACGCCAGAUGUCUUUACUGCAAUCGAGGGUGUUUCUACUCAGCGGAAAGACAGAGCUAAUCUAAGACGUGUCUCCAGCUUUGAAGCAAUGCAGCCUGACACAAGGAGUCUUCCUUCCAAUUAUGUCAGAUUGGAUCAAGAUAUCCUCACACCUCUUGCAGGGAAGAAACAACUGUAUAUAUAUGAAACCAUGGACUUUUGGGAACAAAUCAAAACUCCCGGAAUGUCCAUAAAAUGUUCGUCCUUGUACCUUUCCCAAUUUCGUUACACUGCCCCCCACCUAUUAGCAAGUGGAGAUGGUAUUAAGAAAUCCUGCAUUGUAGGUGAUGUUUAUAUUCAUCCAUCAGCAAAAGUGCAUCCGUCUGCAAAGAUUGGUCCGAGUGUAUCAAUUUCUGCAAAUGCUCGUAUUGGAGCUGGUGCAAGGCUUAUCAGUUGUAUCGUCCUUGAUGAUGUUGAGAUCAAGGAGAAUGCUGUUGUCAUUCAUGCAAUUGUUGGAUGGAAAUCCUCUAUUGGACGAUGGUCUCGUGUCCAGGCUAGCGGAGAUUACAAUGCAAAACUCGGGGUCACUAUACUUGGUGAAUCUGUUACCGUUGAGGAUGAAGUAGUGGUUGUUAAUAGUAUUGUUCUUCCGCAUAAGACCCUAAAUGUUGGCGUUCAAGAUGAGAUUCUUUUGUAGAUCAUCCCCUGCUCCCAUUGUUGCCGUCUUCUUUUUCCUUGUUAUGGUAUUUUGCAGUGACUAAUGUUGUAUCUAGUCCGGAAACUAAAAGAUGUGCAUAUUAUCCAUUUGACUACAAAAUUGACUGUUUUCGUACAAAAUGCUCAUAGUUAAAAAUGCAAACAUUACUGCUUCUAUUUUGAGUGUAGUAUAAAAAUAUUUUGUAAUGCGAAAGGGGGAUGCAUGAAAUUAUAACUGCUUAAUUAUGGCA